AUGGAAAAUUCUGAUAAAUCAGAAUCUUUGGAUGAUUGGCAAAAUUUCUUAGAUCAUAUUUCUUCAAAAGCAGAUAAAACUGGGAUUAUAGAUGAGGUGCAAAAACGGCAAUCUUUACAGGAUAAAAUCCAAUUCUGUUAUGAUACAGAUUUUAUUUAUGAUGCUUUGAAAGAGUGGCUGCAUCGGUGUCUUCAAAGACCUAUAGUUGCAAAGAAAUCGUCAGUUGCUGAAAAGUUCAGGUUGAAAGGCAAUGCUUGUAUUAAAUCCAGUGAUAAUGUAACAGCACUGCGUUGUUACAAUAGAUCUCUAUUCUAUGCUCCAAAAGACUCCGAUGAAUUGCGAUCAGCUUAUGGGAAUAGGUCUUAUAUAUUGAUGGAAAUGAAACAUUACUCGGAAUGUAUUAAAGAUAUUGAUAGAGCAAUAAUGAAAAACCAGCCUGCUUUGAGGCAAAUAAAAUUACUUGCUCGAAAGGGUCAAGCAUUGAUGGCUCUCACUAAAUACUCUGAAGCAAAAGAAACUCUUGAAAAAGCUAUUUCUCUUAGCAAUAACUUCAGUGACGAUUCUAAGAGAAAGUCACAAAAAGUAUUGGCCGAAAUAAAGUCUUUGUUGAAAGAAAUUUCAACUGAAUAUAAGGAAAACCAAGAAGUUUCUUCUGUUGAAAAUGAUUCUGUCAGGAAAGAACCAACUUUAAAUUUUGUUGAAAAUCCCAAUUUUAGAAGUGCUUCAAAAGCCAUUAGUUUAGUGAGAAGUGCAGCUAAAGGAAGACAUGUUAUUGCCAAUGGUGACAUUAAAUUUGGUGAUGUUCUGUUUGUGGAGAGACCAUUUGCUUUUGUAGUGCUUCCUGAAAUGUCUGAUAAAUACUGCUCUUAUUGCUGCAAGGCAGUUUAUGUUCCUGUUCCAUGUGAAAAUUGUCCAUUGGCUUGCUUCUGUAAUGAAUCUUGUAGAAAUUCAGCUCAAGAAACUUUCCACAAAUGGGAAUGCGGAGGGCUUGAAGUUUGUUAUAGUACGGGGAUCAUUCAUCUUGCUUUAAGAGUCGCACUCUUGGGGAUGCUUGAUGAGAAUAAGGAGAAAUACAAAGAAGUUUCAGAUCUUGUGUCUCAUCUGGACGAAAGCAGUGGAACUGAUAUAUUCAACUAUGCAGUAACUGCUACUUUAUUGAUUGUUUAUUUUGAAGAAUAUACUAAGCUGUUUGAAGGACCUCAAAGGAGAAAAAGACUAUUGAAUUUUGGAGGAAUUCUUCUGUUGCACAUCUCCCAGUUGAUCUGUAAUGGUCAUGCUAUAACAGACAUUGAGUCACAAUUUGAUUCAGUUUCCCAUUUGUUAAUAGAAGAUCAAGUACGCGUCGCCACGGCAAUUUAUCCUGCUGCCAGUAUGAUGAACCAUUCCUGUGACCCAAGCAUUGUAAAUAGUUUUUUCGAAUCUCUUCUUAUCGUCAGAUCCUCAAAGAAUUUGAAAAAAGGAGAUGAGGUGUACAACUGUUAUGGACCAAUGGUACAAAAAAUGAAUUAUGAAGAGAGGCAAGAACUUCUACGAUCUCAAUACAUGUUUGUCUGUGAUUGUGAAGGCUGUGAUAAGAAAAUGGGUCCAGUCUCAGACAGUAUAAUUUGCCACUAUUGCUCUGCUCAACUGCUGUUCGGGUCCAAGUUAUGCAAUAAUUGUUCUAAAAAAGUUAAUAUAGAAGUUCUCAAGUCUGAAUUGGAUACUGCAAGAGAUUAUUUCGAGGAAGGAAGGAAAUUGAUGGGAACUGGAAAGUUCUCUGAUGCUUAUGACUUAUUUAAAAAAUCAUUGGCAAAAUAUCUGAAACACUGUCAUAAAAAUCAUCAAAAGAAUUUACAAUGUCGGGAUAGUCUCGCUCGUAUUUGUGCAAAUUUAGGUCGAGAAGAAGAAGCAUAUGAAUAUAUAAUACAGAAUAUUGUUUGUAUUGAAGAUAUAUAUGGAGAGGGAGCUGUCGAAUUAGGUCAAGAGAUCUUAAAACUACUAACAGUUGCUACUAAUAUCUACAACAAAAAUGAAAAACAAUCCUCUAAGAACAGGAAAAUUUUGGAACAUUGUAUUAAAUUGGGACACAGAGGUAAGUUGAUAUUGGAAUUAUCAUACGGAGCUUGGCAUCCCAGGUAUAAAGAUUUUUGUAAACAUUUGGAUUAUUUAUCAUUGGCUAUCAUGUGUAAUAUCUAA